GCCGGAAGUUUACUCGUUUCCCAGGCGACGGCUCCAGGCAGCCGGAGUCGGGACGCUGGAAAGCGACCCGGAGGAGAGGGUACCCGCCGACGGCGGCCGCCGCGACAGCGAUUCGCGGGGAGCAGUGUGCGAAGAUGGCGGCCGCCGCACUAGCCACCAGGUUUGGAAGAUAAAUCGUCCCCAGGGCCGUCGCGGCGCCGAGUCUCAAGAAAGACUUAGAGAAGACCAGGGCUCCCGCAGCGACAGCGGGGAAAGAAAACGCGAAGACAAGGACUGCCGCUCCCGGGGCUCCACGGGGAGAGUAAGUGAGGACGUGGGCUUCUCCCGCAGGGACUCGAGAAGGGUGAGCGAAGACCUAGGCCACCGCCGCAGUGUCUCUCGCGAGAGAGUGCGGGGAGAUGGCCUCCGCCGUCCCAGCAGCUCGCGGGAGAGAGUGAGGGGAGACCGGGGCUUCCGCAGCAGCGACGGGAAUUUUAGUGAACCUGGCGGCCACCAAAGUAGCGACUCCGGGGAAACAGUCAGAGAAGAUCGCGGCCCCCGUCCAGUUGGUGGCUGGGAGAGAAUCGGUGAAGUCCGGAGUUCCCGGACCGGCGACUCCCGGCAGAAAGUCAGUGAGCACCGCACCCGCAGCCUCAGCGGCUCCUGGGAGGGAGGCAGUGUCGACGGCAGCCACAGCCUCAGUAGCUCUUGGGAUGGAGUAAGUGAAGACCGCGGCUACGCGGCCAGCGACUCCUCCGGGGUGACCGUCAGCGAGGACGCCAGCCGCCGCCUCAGUGGCUUCUGGGAGAGAGAAAGUGAGGACGAAGGCUCCCGCACCAGGGGCUCUUGGGAGAGAACAGGGGAAGACGGCGGCGCCCGCGCUAGCGAUUCCGAAGGGGACGGCCGCUCGCAGCGCAGUGCGUCGUGGGUGAGAGCCAGUGAGGACCGCCGCAGCAGCAGGGGCCUGGACUCCACCCCGCCCCAGAGUCCGAGGAGUUGCACCAUGCCCACGGCGGCCAGCUCAGGCCCUUCUGCUUCUGCUUCUGCGCGGGAGACUGCAGGCUCCUCUGCCAAGAAGAAGGUGCAUUUUGGUAGUAUACAUGAUGCAGUACGAGCUGGAGAUGUGAAGCAGCUUUCAGAAAUAGUGGAACGUGGAGCCAGCAUUAAUGAAGUUGAUGUUCUCCAUAAAUUUACCCCUUUACAUUGGGCAGCACAUUCUGGAAGUUUGGAGUGUCUUCAUUGGCUACUGUGGCAUGGAGCUGAUAUCACACAAGUAACUUCAAGAGGUUGGACAGCAGCUCACAUAGCUGCAAUUAGAGGUCAAGAUGCUUGUAUGCAGGAUCCCAGUGUGACAGAUAAGAGAGAAUGGAAACCUGUACAUUAUGCCACUUUUCAUGGGCGACUUGGCUGUUUGCAGCUUCUCGUUAAAUGGGGAUGUAGCAUAGAAGAUGUGGACUACAAUGGAAAUCUUCCAGUUCACUUAGCAGCCAUGGAAGGCCACCUUCACUGUUUUAAAUUCCUACUCAGUAGAAUGAGUAGUGGAACACAAGCUUUAAAAGCCUUCAAUGAUAAUGGAGAAAAUGUAUCAGACUUGGCACAGAGGUUUUUUAAGCAGAACAUUUUGCAAUUUAUCCAGGGGACUGAGUAUGAAGGAAAUGAUCCAGAAGAUCAGGAAACUUUAGCAUUUCCAGGUCAUGUGGCUGCCUUUAAGGGUGAUUUGCAAAUGCUUAAGAAAUUAGUAGAGGAUGGAGUAAUCAAUUUGAAUGAGCGUGAUGAUAAUGGAUCAACUCCUAUGCAUAAAGCUGCUGGACAAGGCCACAUAGCAUGUUUGCAGUGGUUAAUUAAAAUGGGAGCAGACGGUAAUAUUACUGACAAAGCAGGGGAGAGACCCAGUGAUGUGGCUAAGAGGUUUGCUCAUUUGGCAGCAGUGAAGUUGUUAGAGGGGCUACAGAAAUAUGAUAUUGAUGAUGGAGAUGAAAUUGAUGAAAAUGAUAUGAAGUUUUUUAUAAGACAUGGUGUUGAGGGAAGCACUGAUGCCAAGGAUGACUUAUGUCUCAGUGAGUUGGAUAAAACAGAUGCCAGAAUGAGAGCUUAUAAGAAAAUUGUAGAAUUGAGACACCUUCUGGAAAUUGCUGCAAGCAACUAUAAACAGUUGGGAGGGAUAACAGAGGAAGAUUUAAAGCAGAAGAAAGAACAUAUUGAAUCUGAAAAGACCAUCUCAGAGCUGCAGGGCCAGCUGGAAUACGAACGACUACGUAGAGAAAAAUUAGAAUGUCAGCUGGAUGAAUAUCGAGCAGAGGUGGAUAAACUCAAGGAAAGGCUGGAAAAAAUUCAGGUCUCCAACUUUGUGUCUUUGGAAGAUGACUCCUGUGAGUCAAGCAAAGAGAAAAGGCGAGUGAAAAAAAAGGUGUCUUCUGGGGGAAUGUUUGUGAGAAGCUUUUCCUUUUGAACACCAUUUCUGGUGCCAGACACUGCUAAGUCGCGAGGAUACAGACAUAAGACGCAGUGCUGCCUUUAUGGUGCCAUCGGGUUAAUUGUAAUCAAUAUUGGGGUGAAGGCAAGUCCAGGCUGCCAAGAGUGUCUUGGCUUUCCAUGCCUGAAAUACUCUCAUGGGCUCUUCAGCCAGAUCUGAAUGCCUUAAGUAGGUACAAACAUCUAUAAAGAAAUCUGUGGAUCAGAGGAGCACAAGAAAAACUACAAGAACCCCACAGUUACAGUCUCUAAUGCCACCCUGAGAUGUGUGAAACCCUGGAAGAAUUAUAAUGAAGAUGUUUACCAUCAAGUUUGCAAAGAAGUGGCAGGAGCCUGAAAUCAUCAAGAGAACAUUAAAUGCCAGAACAUAGAAGAUUUGAAGGUUCUUUAGGACUUUGUUGAGCAGAGUCCCAUCUUGGAGCAGCUAGUCAGAAAGAAAGAGAUGAUCAAUGAUGAGCAUUCUUUCUUAUUGUUGGAGUGGGAGGUUUUAGACAAGCAAAGGGUACAGGUUAUAAGGAUCCAUGUGAUGAUGGUGGAAACAUCAGUAUAAUUCAGAUACAGAUGAUUGCAAUAGAAAAGUUUUAGGUGGCUUAUAUUCAUUGGUUAGCAUACACACAUUUAUUUCCUUGCUCUGUCAGCUCAGAGUGUCUAGAAGAAAUGAUUCUCCAGCAGCAAAAAACACACUUAGCACCCAGAUCUCAGUUUCUAAUACCGUUCUCCAACGAGAGGAAUAGGGAAUUUUGGUAAAAUGGCUAACUCUAGGACUCAGGCAGGAAAUACACAAAAUGAACUUGAGCCUCUUAUAGUGACAAGUAAGGAAACACUAAAAAAACCAAGACAAAACAGAUGAUGGGGGCAUGUCAUAGGAACACAGGAGCCAGCCAAAAGUUCUCAGUGGCCAAAGCUGAGACAAUUUGAGCAACAAAAUAAAGUAGUAGUUUGGGUUAGACCCCAAAGUGUCAAAUAAAUAUCUGUGAGUAUCUGCUGAUAGAAACAAAUCACUGAAAAAGUAGAGAAUAGAUGCUAUUUCACUAUGAACAAAUCCAAAUAAUUCAUGUACUUAUUUGCUCUCAAGGUUGAGAAGCAGAACUUCCUACUCAUUAAGUGUGGGAUGUGCACAGUGACUUUCAAAAAGGGAAUAAGAGGGAGGUGAGGGGAACGGAGAGUAAUUUCACAGAAGGAAAACCUGAAAAACACUACUUAAGCCAGGUGAUGAAGAUUAACAUCAGCAGUGAUUCCAUAUAUACCCUGGAUGUGAAAAGAAUGGAACUUUACAUCCAUGGUCUUCCUCCCUGAAACUCAUAAUCUCUAAUUAUGAGAAAUUAUCAGACAGAUGCCACUUGUGUGGCAUUCCAUAAAAUACCCAACCAGUACUUCUCAAAACCAUCAAGAUCAGUUUUUUAUUAAACUAAACCCAAGUUUACACUGAUGCCUCCACUUGAAUCCACUACCACAAGGACCAUGCUAUCCUUUUCCCCUUGCUUACUUGUAAUUAUGAAACACCUGGCCAGUGCUUUUCCAAACUGUCAAGGGCAUCAAAAACAAGGUUAAAACAAAAUAAGUAUUACAGCCAAGAGGAACCUAAGGAGACAGAACAACACAAUGUAGUAUGGUACCUGGAUGUAAUCCUGGAGGAAGAAAAGGUAAAAACUCAGGAAAUCUGAAUAAAGCACAGACUUUGUGAAUAGUAUUGUGUGAACACUGGUUCAGUAAUUGUGACAAGAUGUUAAUAGGCAUUGGCGCUGUGGUGUGGUAGGUUAAGCCCCUGCCUGUGGUGCCGGAAUCCCACAUGGGCACUGGUUCCUGCCCUGGCUGCUCCUCUUCUGAUCCAGUUCUCUGCUAUGGCCUGGGAAAGCAGUAGAAGAUGGCCCAGGUGCUUGCGCCUAUGUAGGAGAUGCAGAAGCUCCUGGCUCCUGGCUUCAGAUUGGCCCAGCUCUGGCCUUUGGGACCAUUUGGGGAGUGAACCAACUGAUGGAAGACCUUUCUCUCUGUCUCUCCCUCU